AUGGUGCAGCUGUGUCUGUCCCCUACUGAGGAUGUCACCUCCCCACUUGAGCGCUCAGAGGAGGGCACUGAAAGGCAGGAAGACCCCAUGAUGGCUGCUAACCCAAACGUAGAGCUGAACACCUUGCAGCUCAAUCUGGAGGUCACCACGGUCUACAAUGGCUAUGAAACCUACAUAGAAGAUGGCCUCAUCUGCCUUAAACACAAAGUCCGCAACUUGGAGAAAAAAAAGCUAAAACUGGAAGACUACAGGAAAAGGCUGACCAGGAGUGAGGAACUAAACAAAGAUCAACUUGCGGCUGUGGAAAAGUAUCAGGAGGUGUUGCAUAACCUGGAACUCGCUCAGGAGCUACAAAAAACCCUAGACGACUUGACUCAGAGUUUGCUGAAAGCCCAGAAGAAGGCAGUGAAAAGGGAGCAGGUGGAAAAGGUGGAGGUGGAGAGGAGGCGUCUGGGAACAGUGCUUCAGAUACAGAAUCUUCUCCACAGCCUGCAACAUGAGCAUAUUAGGAGAGACUUGCUGGUUGGACACAAUCAGGCCCCCCACAUCUCAGCCCAGCAGCUGUGCAGCCUAGGUCAGCUUGCCACCCUGCUGGGAGUCAAGAGGAAUAACCAACUGAAUUUAGGGGAGCAGAUGGAACAGGCAGCUGUGGUGUUCUCGGACUUGUUGGAGGGGACAGACAAGCCUGUUGCUGGAUCCACAUUUAAGCUGUUGAAAGAGGAGCUCACCAGGCUGUUAAAUUGCAAAUACUUCAGUUGUCUUCUACCCAACAAGACUCCUGAGAUUUCUGUUUGUGUGACUGCAAAUUGUUCCUCAAAAUCCAGACUUUACCUGACUGACAUGGAGUCUCUUUCCACUCAGAACUGGAGGGAUGAUUUUGAGGCCAUAAGAAAAAGGGAGCCUCUUGACAACUGGGAUAUGGAGUGCCCAGUCCACAAACCAUGGAGAGGAGCUGCUACUUAUAUAUACAAAGUCCCCACCAAGAAACGAUCCGACUGCAAACAGAAAAAAGAGAAGAAAGCCAAGGGAGAGCAAAAUGCCAAGUUGGCAGUACACAUGGAGAAGCCCUUGGUAGUUUUUAACUCUCGGUCUACCUUACCCAAAGACCCCAUCCUGAGGAAGCAGCAAAUGGAGGACUUCAUGACAAAGAUCCAUGGCUCCUUCAGUUUCAUGCAGGACUCUGUCCUUGAUAGUGAGAGCCUCUCCAAUAAUGGCCACCCUGGACUGAAGAGACAGUCAUCUGGAUUGCCCUCUCCUCUGGUAGUUCAGGCAGACUUGAGAAGCCCAGCUGAUGUCCUGCACAAAGCAAUUCAUUCCACCCCACUGCCUACUAGGCUUAUGGAGCACAAGGCCAGACUGACCACUGGAGAUCAGAGCCUGGAGUCCAGUAACCUGGAGCUCUCCGCAAAGGACACGCCCCAUGAGCCACUUCAGUUGGCUGAUAAAAAGGUAUUUCCCUCACCGCCACUUUACCACAGGGAGUCCAUCAUUUCUGUCUGCCUGGAUGAGAGGAGCCAUCAUCGUCCCACCACAUUACAUAAGCAUUGUCCAUGCAAUGGGGUGGGAUAUUGCACCCCUACCAGCCCUCAGGGACAGACUUUCUCUACACCCCCCAACAGGAGAACUCUCCCCUCUGCACAAUUUCAGGACAUCCAUUCAGUCUUCAAGGUGAAUACAUCCUCUCCCCACAAUGGGGAACUGAACUACAAACCGGAGUCUGAAGUUUUCUCUGAGUGCAGUUACAGUACUGCCAGUACACAAACCCCACCUGAGUUUGCUCCCUCAGAAGACGAACCACAGCCCAUGUACCAGUCAGAUUAUAUAGUGGGAAAUGAUGUGCAGAUGUUCCUGUCCCCUGGCCGCUCAGGAGGAAGCGUGUGUCGACCUGGUCAGUCAUACUACAUUAGAGGAUCGGUGAGAGGUAUGGCACGUGGCGGCAAGGGACUGGCACAAAUUUGCUUUUCUAGCUGGCACACGGCAGGAGGAUCCUACAUUCCCCAGGCUCAUGUCAGGGAUUCUGGUCCUGUCCCCUAUGCUGUAAGGGACCCUGGAUACCAACACAAAAAUGAAGGAGGGAGGCCUAACUCUAGUGCAGCAUGGAGCGACUGUUCCCAGUUGAGUAGCCCAGACCGGGAGGGAUCCUUCACCAUUGUUGACUCUGGGCUAGGGGACUCAUUGUCGGUCUCCACGGUGGAGGUCUCACUUACUCCCCACAGUCAACACCACCCUGCAAUGUUACCAAUGCAACUCUACCCACUCUCCCAGCCUCUGCAAGUGGCCUUUACUGCCUCUCGCACUGACAAUUUUGCCCCGUGUAAUCUGGACCAACCUAUUGUGUUUGACCAGCUACACAGCAAUCUGGGGGAGAUGUACGACACCCGUGUCGGCCGCUUCACCUGCCCUGUCAACGGAACCUAUGUCUUCAUCUUCCACAUUCUGAAGCUCGCCAUCACUGUGCCGCUCUAUAUCAACCUCAUGCGCAACGAGGAUGUGAUGGUGUCAGCUUAUGCCAAUGAUGGAGCCCCAGAUCAUGAGACAGCCAGCAACCACGCCAUCCUGCCUCUCUUCCAAGGGGACCAAGUUUGGCUUCGUUUGCAUCGUGGUGCUAUCUAUGGCAGCACCUGGAAGUACAGCACCUUCUCUGGCUUCCUAUUGUACCAAGAAUGA